UGCGCGCUGUAAAACAGACAAGGAAGCUGUGUAUUUUGCUGCUACGCAACAACACUCGCCGCUGCUGCUGCGAUCUCUUCGCUGCUAAUCUGCUGUGAAUGUUGUUCGCACGGUACACGAGGCGAAACAGCAGCAACGACGUCAUCGAUCGAAGACCCGUCGACAGAGCCGCCACCAAACACCAAGGUUCCUCAACAACAACAAUACCCAGCAUCACCACCGUAAUAGACCAGUGACACUCACACGACGGUAACGGUAAUCCUUCCUUCCGCGACCAUGAGAAUAGAGGUGAAUUCGGCGGCAGACUUUCUGAUGAAUUUGCUGCGGGUGCGAAAGGCCAACCAGCUGUCGGAGAACCAGCUGCAGCACUUCAAGGGUUCGCUGGAGCAGAUCCUGACGCGCCACUUCCAGCGCCACUGGUACCCGGAGGUCCCGAACAAGGGGUCCGGGUUCCGGUGUCUGCGCAUCAACGGGAAGAUGGAUCCGAUCAUCGAGAAGGCGGGCCACGCCGUCGGCCUGAAUGCCGUCAUCCUGCGGAAGCUGCUCCCGCUCGAGCUGACCGUCUGGAUCGACCCGGACGAGGUUUCGUACCGGAUCGGUGAGAACGGGACGAUCUGCGUGCUGUACGAUAUCGCGCAGAGCCGGGCCAGCCCGUCGUCCGAUCUCGACUCGACCGGAAGCAGCACCGGCAUGAGUCCCUGCGAUGAGUUCAUCAUGGAGCGCGUCGGCCGGCUCGAUCUGUCCCUGUCGUCGGUGGACAGCGGUAACGGUAGUAGCAGCAGCAGCAACGGUGCCGCGAUGGCCGACUAUCUGGAGCAUACUAGUGCCAGCUCCAAUGGCAAAUCGCAGCACCAUCCGCAGCAACAGCAGCACCAUAACAACAAGUACAAUCACAACCAAUCGAACAACAACCACCACCACCAUCAUUACGCUAAGCAGCGUCACAGCAACAGCAUGAGCUCGUCCUCGAGCGGACAAACUAGUCCUCCCCUGAGCCCUCCGUACGGUGCUGCCGCCAACGCCGGAUACUUGAACUACCAGCACCUGGCCAGAUACCAGCAGCAGCAGCAGCAGCAACCGCAGCACGGCAACAACUUCUACCCAUCGGCGGCCACCGUUCACCAGCCGCAACAAUACUUCCACUGGGACAACCAGUUCGUCAACAACAAGGUGCGAACCCAAUGUUAAGCAAAGCACAACAACGCGACGAAGAAGGGGCAUGGAGAGAGAGAGAUGGAGCGAGCAAGUGUGAUCCCGUCUGACUAUUCCCCCGUUCGGUCGAUCAAACAUCGAUCACCCAACACACCACCAACAACAACAACCAGAUGUACAUUUUCGAAGGCCACAACCCCGUGCGAUAAAGGAUACGCCGUUGGCCCCGGCCGGAAGCAAAUUGAUCUCUUAUCAUCCCGCGAAAACGGGGGGGACACUCUUUGGCGUCAGAGAAGUGAAGGGGAUUGGCGUGCUGGUCCGCCGCCGCGAGAAUGAACGAAUUAAAAAUCUACUUCCUCCCCCCGACAGGAGGGUGUGUGUCGAAAUUCGGAGUGUUUCUAAUUCGCUUGUGUCCUCCGUG